GGGUUUUCAGGGUCCAAAGCUCGCCACCGUGACCCCCACGUUCGUCUUCUGUCUUUAGCCGCCAUGAGGAAGCCGUUUCCUACAAACUCUUCAUGAUCCUCUCCAACUUUCAGAGCUGAUCCGCGUCUGUGUAAAUUGCCGCCAAUAUUUUAGAGUUUGAGCCGCGAGGAGCUUGGCGUCGGGAGUUGAAAGCGGGAUGGCGGGCCGGACGCCGGGAACGAGGAAGCUCCUGAGGAUUCUGGGAUUUUUCUGCCUGUGGAUUACAGCUCAGGCUCAGAUGAAGAUCCCACCGGAGACGGUGCAGCAGUGGGCGUCUGAGUUCUCCGUUCAGCUUCGAGACUUCACCACCAAAUACUCCGGCUCUCAGCUGCUGCAGAAGAAACUGAAGGAUGUCGAGUCCAUCAUUAAGAUCGUGGAGGUGGACGGAAACGACCUGGUGAAGGAUUAUUCGGAUGAAAUCGAGCGAAUGUUGGGAAGCAAGAUGAAGUCCGUGAAGAGGUUGGCGGAGUCUGCAGAGGACGCCGACCUGUACCACGAGUUCAACGCUACAUUAACGUUUGAUUACUACAACUCCAUGAUGAUCAACUCGGUGGACGAGGACGGGAACAGCUUGGAGCUGGGCGGAGACUUUCCCCUGGAGGAGAACGAGCACUUCAACAACAUGCCGGUGAACACGCUGCAGAGCGACAUCCAGAUCCCCACCAACGUCUACAACAAAGAUCCCAACAUCCUCAAUGCCAUCUACAACUCGGAGGCGUUAAACGACGUCUUCAUCAGUAACUUCCAGAAGGAUCCGACGCUUACCUGGCAGUUCUUCGGCAGCUCCACCGGCUUCUUUAGGAUCUACCCCGGUAUUAAAUGGACUCCGGACGCCAACGGUGUGGCCGCUUUCGACUGCAGAAACAGAAACUGGUACAUCCAGGCAGCCACGUCUCCCAAAGACAUCAUCAUCAUGGUGGACAUCAGCGGCAGCAUGAAGGGGCUGAAGAUGACCAUCGCCAAACACACCAUCAACACCAUCCUGGACACGCUGGGAGAGAACGACUUCGUCAACGUCAUCGCUUACACUGACUACGUUCGCUACGUGGAGCCGUGCUUCAGAGGAACUCUGGUCCAGGCUGACCUGGACAACAGAGAGCACUUUAAGUUGCUGGUGGAGAGUCUGCAUGUUAAAGGAGAAGCCAAGAUCAAGAACGCCAUGAAGGAAUCCUUCAAAAUCCUCAGCGAGGCGAGGACCAACGGUCAGGGCAGCAUGUGUAACCAGGCCAUCAUGCUGAUCACAGACGGAGCCAUGGAGGACUUUGAGUCCGUCUUUGAGGAGUUCAACUGGCCUGAACGCAGGGUGCGAGUCUUCACCUACCUGAUCGGCAGAGAGAUGACUUUCGCUCAAAACACCAAGUGGAUCGCCUGCAACAACAAAGGUUACUACACACACAUCUCCACGCUGGCCGACGUGCAGGAGAACGUCAUGGAGUACCUGCACGUGCUCAGCCGACCAAUGGUCAUCAACCACGACCAUGACAUCAUCUGGACGGAGGCCUACAUGGACACUGUGCUUCCCAAAACCAAGGAGCUCUUCUACACCAAAGCUCAGAGUCUGCUGCUGAUGACCUCAGUGGCCAUGCCGGUCUUCAGCAAGAAGAAGGAAACGCUGUCCCAUGGGAUCCUGCUGGGCGUGGUUGGCACUGACAUCCCACUGACGGAGGUGAUGAAGCUGGCACCCCGAUACAUGCUGGGCGCUCACGGCUACUCCUUCCUCAUCACCAACAACGGUUACAUCCUGGCUCACCCUGACCUCCGACCUUUGUACAAAGAUGGAAAGAAACUGAAGCCGAAGCCAAACUACAACAGUGUGGAUAUGUCCGAGGUGGAGUGGGAGGAUACAGACGAGACGCUGAGAACCGCCAUGGUGAGGGGAGAGACUGGCAGCUACAGGCUGAGCGUCAGAGCCUCAGUGGAUAAAGGGAAACGCCCCCUGUACCUCGUCAACGACUACUUCUACACAAACAUCGAUGAGACGCCUUUCAGCUUCGGCAUGGUGCUGACGAGGGGUCACGGAAGCCUCAUGUUCAUCGGGAAUGUUUCCGUGGAGGAAGGCCUGCACGAUCUCACCUCCCCAGACCUCAGCAUCGCCACCGAGUGGACGUACUGUGAGACGGACAUCGACCCCAGCCACCGGAAGUACUCCCAGCUUCAGGCCGCCAUCCGUUACCUGCUGGGCAAGGAGCCCGACCUCCAGUGUGACGAGUUGUUGCUGCAGCACACGCUGUUUGACGCCGUGGUAACGGCUCCGAUGGAAGCCUACUGGAACGCCCUGAUGCUCAGCGACGGGGUGGAGGCGGGUGUGGAGACGGCCUUCCUCGGGACUCGUUCGGGCCUGAUGAGGAUCCUAAGAUACGCAGGAGUGGAGACCAGAGUGGCAAAGAGGUUUCUGACUGAGGUUGAUAAGGACAACCUGUUCACCAUCGAUCACUUCCCUCUGUGGUACCGCCUGGCGGUGGAAAACACUCCUGGAAGCUUCUACUACUACGCAGUCAACGACAAAGGAGUGAAGUACGUGAUAGCGACGACAGCGGUGACGGUGUCGUCAGGCGGGAGGACGGCCGUGGCCGGAGCGAUCGGGGUGCAGCUGUCCUUGGAAUUGCUGGAAAAGAGGUUCUGGGCCAUCGCCAAGCAGCCCAGCGACACAGACUGUUCAACCAUUGAAGGCGUGUGUCCUCUCAGCUGUGAGAGUGCUGAUCUGAACUGUUUCCUGGUCGACAACAACGGCUUCAUCCUGCUGUCCAAAGAGAGGAACGAGGUCGGACGCUUCUUGGGCGAGGUGGACGGGUCCGUGAUGGCGUCGCUCCUCAAGAUGGGAAUGUACAAAAAAGUGUCGUUGUUUGACUACCAAGCCAUGUGUAAGAACAGUCAUCAUCACGCCAACAGCGCCCGCCCUCUGCUCAGUCCCUUUUAUUGCAUCGCUGCGUUAAUCAGAUGGCUCUUCUCCAACGCUCUGAUGUUCCUGCUGGACUUUAAUCUCUGUGGUCUCUGGCACUCUGAUUACUUUGUGGACGCCAAGGCUGGCUAUCAUACAAGUCAUAAGCAGAAGAAGAUGGAAGCGUUUCAGCCCUGUGACACGGCGUAUCCCGGCUUUAUGUACGACUCGUCUGUCAGGGAAGCCAACAGCCUCAUCAAGUGUGGACGCUGCCAGAAGAUGUUUGUGGUGCAGCAGAUUCCUGACAGUAACCUGGUUCUGGUUGUGACUCAGGCCGACUGUGACUGUUCCCGUCAGUACGGACCCAUGCUGCUGGAGCCCAAAGAGAUCAAAUAUAACGCCACGGUGAAGUGCAACAGGAUGAAAUCCCAGAAGGUGCGGAGGCGUCCUCAUUCCUGCCACGCCUACCACCCGAAGGAAAAUGCCAAGGAGUGUGGCGGGGCGUCGGCCAUCAUCCCGUCGCUCUCAGUCUUCUCGGUGUCUCUGCUUGUCUCGGCGCUCCUCCACCAUUGGACGUAAAGAAGGAACCAAUCAGGAUGCUCCGAGGGAGGCGGCAGAAAAGUAGAUCCAAAACGUCAGCACAGGAUGUUUGUUUUUUUUAAUUUUCCACGAGAGACGACGGGACAUCUCAGACUUUCUUUCCUGCUGUUCAGACGAGUCUCUGCUUGCUGCAGUGGAGAUAAAGGGCUAUUUCUUAUUUUUUAGACUUGUUUCUCAUUCCUGAACUUGAAUGAGGAACAAAAAGUCCCGAUUCUGUUGAAACAGACUCGGGUGGAUGGACGUAAACAGUGCGGCGAACUGUUGCCAUUACACUCAAAGAAUGUAGUAUCUUUGUAGCUUUUUGAUACAGAAAUAUUGUACACAAAGUAGAGUUUUACAUUCAAAUGACUUAACAAUUUAAUAAAAAGAAGUAGGAGCAUCAAAA